ACCGCCUCCGAGCCGAGCCGAGGCGGGGCGGGGCCAGGCUGUUCUUAAAGGCUUCUGAGGGAGGCGUCUCCCUCAUAGCGGUGUGUGAGGCCAUGGCGACCUACGUGCAGCUCAACACCGGAGCUAAGAUGCCCAUCCUGGGGCUGGGCACCUGGAAGUCCCCACCGGGACAAGUAACAGCUGCAGUGAUGGCUGCAAUUGAUGCAGGCUACCGCCACUUUGAUUGUGCUUACGUGUACCAGAAUGAGAAUGAAGUUGGAGAAGGGAUCCAGAAGAAAAUCAAAGAGGGUGUUGUGAAACGAGAGGACCUCUUUGUAGUCAGUAAGCUGUGGUGCACAUUUCAUGAAAAAUCAUUGGUGAAAGGAGCCUGUCAGAAGACUCUUGCCAGCCUGAAACUGGAUUAUCUGGAUCUCUACCUCAUCCACUGGCCUGUUGGAUUUAAGGCAGGAGAGGACCUGUUUCCUGCAGAUGACAAAGGCAUGUCGAUACCUGGCAACACAGAUCUUCUACAAACAUGGGAGGCCAUGGAAGAACUGGUGGAUGCUGGUCUGGCAAAAGCUGUUGGAAUUUCCAACUUCAACCAUGAGCAGAUAGAAAGAAUCUUGAACAAGCCAGGACUGAAAUACAAGCCUGCAAACAACCAGGUUGAAUGCCAUCCAUACCUGACCCAGGAGAAGCUGAUCAACUACUGUCAAUCCAAAGGGAUCUCUGUGACAGCAUAUAGUCCCCUUGGCUCUCCUGACAGGCCAUGGGCUAAGCCAGAGGAUCCUUCUCUUCUGGAUGACCCUAAGAUUAAAGAGAUUGCAGCCAAGCACAACAAAACAGCAGCACAGGUUCUUAUUCGGUUCCACAUCCAGAGAAAUGUGAUUGUGAUCCCCAAGUCUGUCACACCACAGCGCAUUGUGGAGAACUUCAAGGUGUUUGACUUUGAACUGACUAAAGAAGAGAUGGCAACUAUUCUCAGCUUUAACAGAAACUGGAGAGCUUGUGCAAUGAGCAUGUCCCAAAAUCAUAAGGAGUACCCUUUCAAUGCAGAGUACUGAAGAUGGUAUCUUGCUCUUCUCCAGACUUCUCAGAUAUGCUUCUGCUGUUGCCUAUGAGUUGUCUAUAUAGUGUUAUCACUGCAUCAGCCUCCCUGCUCUUUUUUUUCCACCCCCCCACAAAGACACAGUGUAUCUAACCAAUGACUGUUUUUUGUUGUUUGUUUCUUUUGGAAGAAGGAAAUGCUAGAGUGUUUCUGAGGAGCAUACUGUAUGGACUGUAGUAGAGCGGUCUUUGGUGGAAUUGGUAUGCAGAAAACACUGAGAAAGUUUGAACUACCAGUCACUUUUAUUUUGGAGUACUGUGAACUGGAGCAGUGACUAUUGUCAGGAAGGACCAGAAUAUGAGUGGCUUUGCUUAAUUAAGUUGAGGUCACAUACUUUCUAAUGAUCUGGGUUUUGGUGUUUUGUUACGCUCUGUGCUUCUUUCUAAUUGGAAGUACCAAUUGAUUUCUAAGUAUAGCAGUUGCUACGUGAGUAGCUCUUUUCGAAAGUGUAAAGGUCCUGUUUUCUUGGUGAUAUAAAAGCUGUUUUUGCUUAUAAUAAAAUAUAGUUUCAUUAC